UUUAUUUCCUGGUCAGCCGACUUCACAAGAACUCUCUCUCUCUCUCCUCCCUCUUUCUCUCUAGCCUGGUUUCUCAGACCAGGUACACCUAGUCAGCGAAAACGCAAGCUUGGAGGGAGGGAGAGAAGAAUGAACGGCGGAGAUUCGAAUCAGCAGCAACAGCAGCAGAUGCAGCAGCAGUGGGUGGCGAUGCAGCAGUACCAGCAGCAGUGGAUGGCGAUGCAGUAUCCGGUGAUGGCGAUGCAGCAGCAGAUGAUGUACAACCAGCAUUACGUGCCGUACUACCCCCAACACCAGCCGCAUCCGCACCAUACUCAACCUCACCCACCCAAGCCCACUAAUCAGAUUCAGAGUUCGGGUGAAGAUAACAAGACGAUCUGGAUUGGAGAUCUCCAGCAGUGGAUGGAUGAAGGUUAUCUCCAUGCUUGUUUUUCUCAAACUGGAGAGGUUGUUUCUGUUAAGAUAAUCCGCAAUAAGCAGACUGGUCAAUCAGAGAGAUAUGGGUUUGUUGAGUUCAAUACUCAUUUAGCAGCAGAAAAUGUUCUGCAGAGCUACAAUGGCACCAUGAUGCCCAAUGCAGAUCAACCGUUUCGCUUAAACUGGGCAGCCUUUAGCACUGGUGAUAGACGACCGGAAGCUGGUUCUGAUUUGUCAAUAUUUGUUGGAGAUUUGGCUACUGAUGUUACUGAUGCACUGUUACAUGAUACCUUUGCUAGCAAGUAUCCAUCUGUAAAAGGUGCAAAAGUGGUAGUUGAUUCAAAUACUGGUCGCUCGAAGGGUUAUGGUUUUGUCAGGUUUGGUGAUGAAAAUGAUAAGUCCAGGGCCAUGACUGAAAUGAAUGGUGUAUAUUGUUCAAGUAGGCCUAUGCGAAUUGGUGUUGCAACCCCGAAAAAACCUUCACCACAGCAGCUAUAUUCUUCACAAGCCAUGGUCUUAUCUGGUGGAUAUGCAUCAAAUGGCGCUGGACCUGUAGGUCACUCAGACAGUGAUUCAUCCAACACUACAGUAUUUGUGGGUGGGCUUGACUCUGAUGUCACUGAUGAACAGCUCAGAGAGUCUUUUACUCCAUACGGCGAGGUUGUCUCUGUAAAAAUACCAGCUGGAAAGGGAUGUGGUUUUGUACAAUUUGCAAACAGAAGCAAUGCAGAGGAUGCAAUUCAAAGAUUAAAUGGCACAGUUAUUGGCAAGCAGACUGUUCGUCUUUCUUGGGGUCGAAAUCUGGGUAACAAGCAGAAUGGGGCUUACUAUGGAAGACAAGGUUACAAUGGAUACGGAUAUGCAGGUGCAGCCAAUGGGCCAUCUUCAAAUGGUCAGGGGAACCACCAGCAGCCAGUAAGCUAAUCUCGUGAUCUGUGGGCUGUCUGUUGUUGAUGCUUCUCAGUGAUUCUCGCAAAUGAACUUGAAACUCUGAAGUCUGUGGCAUGACGAAUUUUGUAGCUGGGUUGAAUAUCACCGUGAGACAAGCUUUGGUUUGUUUUUUUUUUUUUUUCUUUUUUUUUUAUUCCUUUGGUGAGCUUAACAUUCAAAUUUUUGACUUUGAAGUGCUUGCUAGAAUGACUCUUAGUCUUGCUAAUUAUUCAUUCUUUUUAGGUUUCAUAAAGUCAGAUUGUCAUAGACCUUUUGUGGCUCUCAUAUUAAAGAUAAAAAGGGUCAUAGACAGGGUUGCAUAAAACCCUGUUCCACCUAAGUUCUGAAAAUCCAGGGGGAAUUUAUGUCGAUCGGCUAUGUUAUGUUAUAAGAUGGAAAUUGCUUGCA